UCUCUACCCUGUUGCAUUUCGCGUGCGCUCACGUGUUGUGUGUAUAUAAAAGGGGCUCGCUGUGUGCUUCAUCAUGCUCAGUGUAUCUCCGGACAAGCGGCGAAAGAUGGAGACCGCGCUCAACCAGCUGAAGAAGUACACGGUGGUGGUGGCGGACACGGGAGACUUCAACGCCAUCGAUGAGUACAAGCCUCAGGAUGCCACCACCAACCCAUCUUUGAUUCUGGCUGCUGCCAAGAUGCCAGCCUACCAGACCCUUUUGGAUCAGGCAAUCAAAUACGGCAUCGCCAAGGGCGGAACUGAAGACGAGCAGAUGGCAAACACCAUGGACAAGUUGUUUGUGAGUUUUGGCCUUGAGAUCCUCAAAAAGGUCCCAGGCAGAGUGUCAACCGAGGUGGAUGCCAGACUGUCUUUCGACAAAGACGAGAUGGUGGCCAAGGCUUUGAGGCUCAUUGCUCUCUAUAAAGAAGCAGGCAUAAGCAAGGAGCGAGUUCUCAUCAAGCUGUCAUCUACAUGGGAGGGAAUCCAAGCUGGCAAGGAGCUUGAAGAAAAGCAUGGCAUUCACUGCAACAUGACCCUGCUCUUCUCCUUUGCGCAAGCAGUCGCCUGUGCCGAAGCAAAGGUGACGCUCAUCUCGCCCUUCGUUGGCCGCAUCCUGGACUGGUACAAGGAAAGUACAGGACGUAAAAGUUAUGAGGCCCAUGAAGACCCAGGUGUGCUGAGUGUGACAAAGAUUUACAACUACUACAAGAAGUUUGGCUACAGCACUGUGGUGAUGGGCGCUUCAUUCCGAAACACCGGACAGGUCAAAGCGCUCGCAGGCUGCGACUUGCUCACCAUCUCGCCUGGGCUGCUAGCAGAACUCAGUCAGGACCACAGCACUGUUUCAGAGAUGCUCAAAGUGGAGACAGCCAAGGGGUGCGACGAGAAAAAGAUUCACCUGGAGGAGAAGGACUUCCGCUGGCAGCACAACGAGGACCGCAUGGCAGUGGAGAAACUGUCCGACGGAAUCCGCAAGUUUGCAGCGGACGCCAUUAAGCUAGAAACCAUGCUCAAAGAGAAAAUGCUUCAGGAGAAAAAUGGCCAAUAAAGGACAAGUGGCACAUGUCCAACGUAUAAGGAGUCAGGUCUUGAACUUUCUCCAUCCCUUUGUGACCAAACUCAAGGAACCUCCCUCUUACUUCCACUCUUAGGAUGAAACUAUGUGAUUAUGACCAAUUAGGUUUAUUUAGAGACAUUUAACCAGGGGGGCCACAUCUUUCAAGGAGCUAUUAUGAUAUGACUACUGGAGAGGACCACAUGCACUUGUAACAAAAAAAAAACAAUAAUGACCUUUUUUACGUGUUUUUCUUCCCAUAAUAAAUCUCUGCUUGAGCAAAUAA